AGAUUUCUAGGCAAUACAAGAGACCGGAGAGAAUUUUCAAUUAAAGGACCAAAUCGAAUUCUUUCAAUUGAUGGUCAUAAUAAGUUAUUACGAUUUGGAAUUGAAAUUUAUGGUGCAAUUGAUGCAUAUUCAAGGUACAUUGUCUGGUGUUAUGUUGGUAUUUCAAAUCGAACUGCAGUUUCGGUCAACAAGCAGUAUCUUCGUCUAUUACGUACCACAUUACAUAUGCCAAAAUUAAUUCGCUCAGAUAAAGGUGAGUUGGCAAGUUUAAUUUAUUAAUUUAUCGCUAUUUCCUCAUACUAUUAGAUUAUAAUAGGCUGAAAAAACUAUUUAUAGGAAGUGAAACUGUUCUUUUAGCAGAGUCUCACCUCAGCUUACGAAGAGCUAAUCAUCCUGAUCUUCUAUUUGAGAAAGCAUACUCUUAUGGAAAAUCAACUAAGAAUCAAUGUAUUGAAGCUUGGUGGAAUAUCUUAACCGAAGGUCAAACGCAAGCAUGGAAAGUUUACUUUGCUCAAUUGGAAUCCGAUGGAUAUUUC